AUGGCCUUGCAUUGCGUGCGCCUGCUGCCCCUCCUGGGGGGCGUCGCCCUCCUGCUGGCUGCGGGGGGCUCCGGCUCCUCCUCCCCCCACUCCCUGCGCUACUUCUACACAGCAGUGUCUGAGCCUGGUUCGGGGCUGCCCCAGUUCAUCACGGUGGGCUACGUGGAUGACCAGCUCAUCGAUCGCUAUGACAGCAUCACAAAAAGAGAUAUUCCUCAAGUCCCCUGGAUGGAGAAGGUGGGGAAGGAGGACCCCCAGUACUGGGAAAGGAAUACCCAGAUGUUGCAGGGCAUAGAGGCUGUGUACCGAGUGGACCUGGUGACGCUGCGGGAUCGCUUCCACCAGAAGAACGGCACAGGGCUCCACAUUCUACAGACGAUGUACGGCUGCGAGGUGGGGCCGGACGGGCGGCUCAUUGGGGGGUAUCGCCAGGAUGCCUACGACGGGGAGGACUUCCUCGCCCUGGACAGGGAGACCCUCACCUGGACGGCCCGCGUCCCCCAGGCCCUGGCGACCAAGCGGUGGUGGGAGAGCGAUCAGUGGGCCCAGCGCUACAACGCCUACCUGGAGGAGACCUGCGUGGAGUGGCUGGGAAGGUACCUGGGCUACGGCCAGGAGAGCCUCCUGCGGACAGAGGCCCCAAUGGCAAGGGUGACACGCAAGAAGGACCACGAUGGCCAGGAGACCCUCUUCUGCCAGCUCUACGGCUUCUACCCCAAGGGGAUCGAGGUCACCUGGAUGAAGGACGGGGAGGACCAGAAGCCGGAGACGCUGACGGGGGGUGUCGUCCCCAACUCGGACGGGACUUACCACACCUGGCUCAGCAUCAAGGUGGACCCCAAGGAGAGGGAUCGCUACCGGUGCCGGGUGGGGCACGACAGCCUGCCGGAGCCCCUGGACUUGGCCUGGGAGGAGCCAGGACCCAGCUUGGGGCUUAUUCUGGGCAUCGUUGGGGCUGUUCUGGCUGCUCUCAUCCUGGUGGGAGUCGGGGUCGCCUUCUACAUGAGUAAACAGAAAGAGAACUGCAUCCGUCUAGUGGCACUUUUAAGACCAACAAAACUUUAUUCAGGUAUCAAAAUGUCUGUCAAGCACAAGUUACCUGAGGAUGCUGCCCACGCAGCAGAGGGGGCAGAGAAACAAAAUGGCAGGUGUUAG